AUGUCUCACCCAGUCUUACCAAGAGAGUUGAAACGUCUUAUCGAGGCCGAAUUAUACCAAGGUCUCACGCAGUCAGCCAUCCUUCAAUAUUGGAUGAGGCGACCAGGCAGCGAGAUUCCGCUUGGCAGUGCCGUUGCAGCUGCAGCACUCCAAGAUGCUGUCAUCGUGGCUUCUGAUGCCGAGUGGUACGAGCACGAUGACCAUUUCAUCACGGAACUCGGAAUUUCUGUUCUCGAUCCGCGUUCCGUCCCACAGCCAAUUACCGCAUCACCAUGGAGUAUUCUCACCAGCAUGGAGAAUUACCAUGUGCGCAUCAAACCGCACGCACAUCUCACCAAUAAAGACCUCUGCGAAGGACAUCCAGAUGCCUUUCAAUUCGGAAGCACAACAUUUGUCAGCGUAAAUGAAGCGAAAGAGAUGCUGCGCAAUCUUUUCACUCGGCGAGACGUAUACGGGAAUCUUCGUCCGGUCAUCUUCGUCGGCCACGCCGUCUCAAACGACUACGAAGUCAUAAAAUCGCGCUUUGGUCUCGACCUUGAAGAACUGGGCACCAUCGUCGCAACAAUCGACACGCAAGUCCUCGCCGUAGAACACGGACUCGUCAAUCCAUCCCGCAGAAUCCGCCUCGCACACCUCCUCUCCGGAUAUGACAUUGAAGAGCCAUACCUUCACAACGCCGGCAACGACAUCGUAUGCACCAUGAUCGCCGCCUUCCUCAUGCUUUGCUCUCCCCCCAAAGCCCCGCUCAACAAACUCCACUACGUAGACCUCAAAGCGCAACUCCGCGAUGCGGGUCAAACCGCCAUCAAAGAAGGCCGCGGCUACGGCGUCACGCGUUUCUGCGAGAAAUGCGAUUCCCAUCACCACACCGCACCGUACUGCCGUGUGAGCGUCUGGCACUGUGAACAUUGCGACAAAGACCCCUUGACACGACACAUGGCGUACAGUCAUAAUUCGCAAAAAUGCGUUCACGUUGUUAAGCAGGCUGCGCUGCUGAAGACACAGGGUAGCAUGGGGUAUGGACGUGGGGGAUCGAAGCGCUCGAGUAGUCCGAACGCGGUGCCGUGUGAGUUUUGUAUUGAGAGUACGGAUCCGAGAAGGCACUGUAAUGAGAAUGCUUAUGAGCAUAAGACGGGGGAUUGUAAGUGGAGGAGGUAG